CAAACGCGGCUUCUCACCUUCUCUCUCUCAAAAAAAAAAUAUCUUUUAUUUUAUUUUUACAUUUUUAUUAUUAAAAAAUAAAAUUUUCUUUUCUCGCUCCUCUUUCUCGGGAAAAUUGAUUUCACCGUAGUAGUGGUUAAGAAAAACAAAAAUUCCAAACCCGUGAACUCUCUUCCUUACUACAAAUGCACACACUCUUUCUCUCUCUCUUGUGAAGCGCUAUUGAAGCUUCAGAUCUCGUGGUUGAUUCAUGGAACCGCGGAGAUGAAGUUCUACAUAUCGACCAAGGGGAUAAAGAGAGUGACGAUUUCCAACGCCGCCAAGGGAUCGCCCAAGGCCACCACGGCGCCGUCGAGCGGCGGCGGCGGCUCCGGUCGCCGGAUUUGGAGUCGGACGGUGCUUCCCGUGGCGGUCGUGCUCGGGAUCGUGCUUCCGUUCCUGUUCGUGAGAGUGGCGAUCUUGAUGCUGGAAUCUGCUGCGGCGUGUUCCUCGUUCGAAUGUGGUGGGUGGAGGUUUUUCAGUGGAGUUGACACGUCACUGGAACUCAGAGAUGAGCUGACUAGAGCGCUAAUAGAAGCAAGUGAUGGUAAUGUUAAUGAAGGAGUAGGGUCAUUCAAUGAACUUGUGAAAGAGAUGACCUCAAAGCAAGACCUUAAGGCUUUUGCUUUCAAGACCAAAGCUAUGCUAUCACAGUUGGAACACAAGGUGCAAUUAGCAAGACAGCAGGAGUCAGUUUAUUGGCAUUUAGCUUCACAUGGUGUUCCCAAAAGUCUACAUUGUCUUUGUCUAAAGUUGGCUGAAGAAUACGCCGUAAAUGCUGUGGCCAGAUCUCGUCUACCCCCUCCUGAAUUUGUGUCUCGCCUUGUUGACCCUACAUUUCACCACCUAGUUCUCCUUACUGACAAUGUCCUUGCUGCCUCUGUUGUUGUAACAUCUACAGUUCAAAGUUCAAUAAACCCUGAAAAAUUAGUGUUUCAUAUUGUCACUGACAAAAAAACUUAUGCUCCGAUGCAUGCUUGGUUUGCCACGAAUACUGUUAAAUCAGCAGUUGUAGAAGUUAGGGGCUUACACCAAUAUGACUGGUCUGAAGAAGUGAAUGCUGGUGUUAAAGAGAUGCUGGAAACUAAUCACUUAAUUUGGAAGCAAUACUAUAAUAAGGAAAAGGACCGCUACUAUACUCAAGAGCAUAGCAGAUAUUUGGAGGCUUUAAGGCCCAGCAGCCUAUCUUUGAUGAAUCAACUCCGCAUUUAUAUGCCUGAGCUGUUUCCAGACCUCAAAAAGAUAGUAUUCUUGGAUGAUGAUGUUGUUGUACAACAUGACAUAUCUUCUUUGUGGGAACUAGAUCUUAAUGGCAAAGUCAUUGGUUCCGUAUUCAAGUCAUGGUGUGGAGGCAGCUGCUGCCCUGGAAGUAAAUUCAUGAACUACUUGAACUUUUCACAUCCUCUCGUGUCAUCAAACUUUGAUGGUGAUCAAUGUGCAUGGCUCUAUGGCAUGAAUAUAAUUGAUCUUGAAGCUUGGAGGAAAACGAACAUAACAAAGACCUACCAUCAAUGGUUGAAACAUAACCUCAAUUCUGGGAUGACCAUGUGGAAUCUGGGAGUUCUUCCACCUGCCUUGAUUGCAUUUGAGGGUCAAGUUCAUCCCAUAAAUUCAUCGAUGCUUGUGACUGAUUUAGGCUAUCGCUAUCAAGCAGAAGAAAUUAGCAAAGAGAAAUUGGAAGCUGCUGCUGUUAUUCAUUUCAGUGGCCCUGCAAAGCCAUGGCUUGAAAUUGGUUUCCCAGAGGUUCGAAGUUUAUGGAGUAGAUACGUAAAUAUCUCAAAUAAGUUUAUUAGGAGAUGUAGAAUUACAGGGUGAAGGAACAAAGUUUUUUCACCUCCAACAAUAUUUAUUGAUAUUGAACCAGUGAUACCGUAUGGGAUUUCAGAGGGAAGAAGGUUCUGCCUUCAGUCUCUGCCUCAUACACUCUGCAGUCUGCAGGCAUGAUAUCAGUUACACUGCGCUAUGUGCAUAUAAAAUAGUAAAUAGAUGAAGCUGCGCGCAAUACCGUACUAGAAGCACUAUCUGUGGUUAAGAAAGACAUAAGCAUCACUGAUCUAGCUGCCUGACAAAAUUGUAAAUUUCUUUAUCAAAAUUACAUUUUGAAGUGGAUAAAUUGUUUUGCAUGAUCUGAAAUUUUAGCUAGACGGUUCUCAAGUUUCGUUACCAAAAACUCAGAUAAAUCACCAUGCUGCUUGAGAGUUCAUCUCUUUUGUCAUGUAAAUGCUAUUCUAGGUGCCACUCAAAUUAGUUUGUGCAUUGCUUUACAUCACUUGUUAUUCUCUUAUGUUGUGUACAUGGAGCUCCUCGUUACACCAAAGACAAAAUGAAACACGUUUAACAUCUGUUCAGACUCGAUGUGACUAAUGUAAAAAAAUCGAAGGCAGGGUCCAACUUAACUCAUCGUUUUUCAAAAAGAUACACUGUCCUUCCUUGUUUUGGUGGGGUUGGCUCAUUAAAGAUAAUUUAUGUUGGCUCUUUAAUUGUCUUAUGUAGUAUUCUGCCAUUUGAUGUGGUCCAUGACAUCUAUCCAUGUGCAGUUUUGAUCACAAUGAUGAAAUGGCUUGUGGAAUAUUGUGCAGCAGAAAGUGUCGAGUAUUAUUACAUUGCUUAAAGGCCCCGACACCAUUUGUUGAUUUGUGCACCCCUUGUAAUUAUGUCUUACAUAGGAUUUUCCGGAUGCUGUAUAAUACCAUCCUUCUUGUCACUAGACAUAAAUACAGUAUGACAUCAUUUGUUCAAGGUUUAUUAAUUACCAGUACCUUUCUUUCUUAUGAUACAACUUUGUCAUAAUAGUGGAAUACUAUAGCUUUAGAUUGAGAUCGUGUAACCCUCUGAAGUGGAAUAAAUAAUCUUCGUUUUA